AUGCACAUAGGAUUUAAAAGUGUGGAAUUAGCAGGAGAAAUCAGUAAGACUCGUAGACAGACUGAGAAGGACGUAACCAUGGAAUAUCCUUUUAUGAUCCAGAUGCUUGGUGCAGCGUGUAAUGUAUCUGAUAAAAAGCAAGAACCAGCAGCCAACAUGUCGAGCAAAAGGGCAAAGACGAAGACCACCAAGAAGCGCCCUCAGCGUGCCACUUCCAAUGUAUUUGCAAUGUUUGAUCAGUCACAGAUUCAAGAAUUCAAGGAGGCCUUCAACAUGAUUGACCAGAACAGGGAUGGCUUCAUUGACAAAGAGGACUUGCAUGAUAUGCUCGCCUCCCUUGGAAAGAAUCCAACAGAUGAAUACCUAGAUGCCAUGAUGAAUGAGGCUCCAGGACCCAUAAACUUCACGAUGUUCCUCACAAUGUUUGGUGAGAAGUUAAAUGGCACAGACCCAGAAGAUGUAAUCAGGAAUGCUUUUGCUUGCUUUGAUGAAGAAGCAACAGGGUUCAUCCAAGAAGAUUACCUGCGAGAGCUGCUGACAACAAUGGGAGACAGGUUCACAGAUGAAGAGGUAGAUGAGCUGUACAGAGAGGCACCCAUUGACAAAAAGGGGAAUUUCAACUACAUUGAAUUCACACGUAUCCUGAAACAUGGAGCAAAAGACAAGGAUGACUGAGCAAAUCCGAGUCCCUGCGGAUGAUCUCUACUUCACAUUUAUGUUUAUUUUUGAGGGUUUCUUCCUGAUAGAACUCGAUGCAUGCAUUUAGCUUUACAGCUUUUGCCUUUCUCAAUGUAUUUAUCUACUCCAGGCCAUUUAGGCACAUUUGCACCUGUAUAAUCAGACUGGAAGUGGGGAGAAUAUUGAGGGAAAGGAUAUGGGGACAAAGAUCUAUGGACUUGAUAGUCCAGAAAAAAAAAUCUCAAUGUUUCUGGUUUAGCUGGAUUUUUACAUUUUUGUAACAAAUGCCAUUUUGAAAUAAAGAUUGGUAUAUAAAUAAAAUA